UCCGCCGUUUGAGUCACAUGAUCAAAAAUUUAGGGAUAUUUUUUGUUGUUAUUAAACAUAACCAAACUUUUUUAAAAUCUGACAGUUUCAUUAAAAUUGGUUAUAAUGUCCAAUGUUAUUAAACAACUUGAAGAAAAGAACGUUAAAAAUGAAAUUACGCAUAUGGUGUGGAGUAGCCGAAUGGAUCUUGUUGCCUUGGCGAAUAAUAGAGGAGAGGUUGCUUUACAUCGUCUAACAUGGACUAGGGCUUGGAUUUUGAAUCCCCCCAAAGAAGGGGUAUUAGUUAAGGGGAUUUGUUGGCGGCCUGAUGGAAAAAUAUUGGCAAUAGCUUACAGUACAGGUGAAGUCCAUUUGGUUGGCAUUGAAAAUAAGAAUAUACUGAACGUUUCUAACGUUAACGGUGAUAUAACUUAUAUUUCUUGGGUACAGGAAAAAUUAGAGAAUAAAGUACAAAAAACCAGUAAUUUACUUGAUCAGGAUAUUAAUGAAGAUAAUGAUUAUAUGAAGAAUGUGGACUUUUCUUCAAUAUUCUUGCCUCAGCCCACACCUCUUCCGACUUCUAAUGGAGAAGAAUCAAAAAACUUUCUGCACAUACAGUCAGCCCUAAAUAUGAUUUUAAUAGGAACAAAAGAUGGUUUUGUGCAUAUUCAAAUAUUUGGCUGCUUUACGUGUGCAGUGUUAAAUAUCUCGGAAAAAGUGUUAUAUGCCUGCAGCAUAAAAAAUAUCCAUAUCACUGAGGACUUGGAUAAACUUUUUGUAACUGUAAGAAAUAAUGAAAACAAUACCAUAAGCAUUGUUAUAUAUGAUUCUCAAAUAUUCCAAACACAUACAAAAGAGUUGUAUACGAUUUCGAUGAAAAGUGUAUAUUUGCUGGACUUAAUAACAUACUUAAACAAUGCUAUAACCAGCAUAGCUGAAUCGUGGGAAAGCAUACUUAUAGAAAUUGAUAACAAACUAUCGAAAUAUGCUUCCUUGGUACCCCAAGGCGGAGUAACAGCUGACUUCUUGGACUUAUUAAUGUUUGGUAUUUGCUCACAAGAAAUGGAAAUGUUUCUACUGUACGACAUCACGAAAAAAGGCCUGGAAAAAUUCGGCCAAACCAUAGAAAUGAGCUACGUAAACAUACAAAAGUUGCUGUUGAAAAAUGUCACCAAGUUCGGCCAAAGCAUCACAUAUCAUCUGGCAGAACUGAGAGGAAUGGCCAGAUUCGAGCACAGAUACAAGGUUUUAGGGCUUGAUGAAUUAAGCAUAAAUAAAGCGAUACAAGAUAACGGAUCGUUUUUAAUAAAAACUGGAGAAAUGCAGCAGAUAAUCAACCAUUCGCUGUCGAAUUAUAGAGCUUUCUUUCGAUGGAUUUAUACCGCUAUAAUGCAUUUAAUAGACGAACCGAUUCCUACGGAUAUACACAAAAUGACGCAACAAGAUUUGGCUUACAUAACGGAGUUUCUGCAGAAUUUUGAUCACAUCGGAUAUUUGCCGAAAGACGAGGUUCAGAAAGGGUUCAUAAUGGAAAGAAUCGGACAAUAUUUGCAUGAUAAUAAUUUAACUAUACCACCCUGUAUGGAAGGUAAUGAUUGGACGGUGUUUUUGAGGCAAAACGAAUGUCUGCAAAGGCAUCCCGGUAUGUUGAAGCACUACGAAAAUUUGUCGUUGAUGCAACAGUUUAAGAUGCUCAAAACUAGUCUGGAGGAGGUUUUGAAUUCUCCCAAGGAAACUAUAAAGAAUAAUUUCGGGUUUUUAAGAUCUUUAGAUGGGUUUAAUUUCGGCGAAAGUCAAUUGAAAAUGUCCACAGUCAAUAUGACCAAAGAUAGCUAUUUAUUUUCGUUCGUAAAGCCAAAAAAUUACAUUUACUUGCUGCAGAUUUUCGAUUUGGGGUGCUACGCGCAGUGCGGAAAGUUCUAUUUUACCACACUGGAAUCGGAAGACCCCGAUUGCGAUAAUUUUUAUGAGAUUGUGGACAACGCGUUUUUCAGCCACAAUAUUCUUUCGCUAUUGUUGCAAAACAAUUCUAACAACAAAUCCGGGGUUUUAUAUCAAUUCAACGUGGAAGAGGCGUUGGAAAAAUUAACGGAAAUCGAUGUGAAUAGCGAGGAAAUCGAAGAUGCCCAUUAUUUUCCCGAAGUGAAUGGGACUUUCUUGGCGCCGAAAUCCUUCAAAAACAUCGAUAAUUUCGUAUGUUGCCAGUUCGCUAUUUCCGGCACCAGAAAAGUCGGCAUCGUUUUAUCGGAAAAUCGCAAGAAAAUUCGACUUUUUGAGUUGAGCAACGAGGAUGAUGAUGAUGACGAUGAAGCAGAAAUUACCAAUAGUACUUUAAAGGAAAGUGAUGUUAGUAUGCAGGAUGCCAGUUUUGUGUGAUAAUAAUAAAUAUAUAAGUAU